AUGGAAGCUUCCACUAUGCAAUGGCUCCUCUACAUCUCUGCCGCCUCAUGCGUCCUCUACAAAGUCUUCGUCUCUUGCAGAAACAGCUCGAACGCGAGCUCCAGCAAUGCGCGGCGGCCGCCGGGCCCGGUGCCAAUUCCUCUCUUCGGCAACAUCUUCGACCUGCAAGGCGAGCCGCACCACGCCCUUGCCAAGCUCGCCGCAGUGCACGGCCCCGUCAUGUCCCUCAAGUUUGGCACCACAACUGCCAUCGUCGCCUCCUCCGCGGCGGGCGCCCGCGACGUACUGCAGAAGUACGAUCACCUCCUGGCGGCACGGUCCAUCACGGACGCCGGGCGCGCGCUUGGAAACCACGAGCGCUCCAUCGUCUGGCUGCCGUGCACCAGCCCGCUGUGGAAGCGCCUCCGCGCCGUGUGCACCAACCACCUCUUCUCGGCGCGCAGCCUCGACGCGACCCGUGCUGUGCGGGAGGAGAAGGUGAGGGAGCUCGUCGGCUGCCUCCACGGGCACGCCGGCGAGACCGUGGAAGUCGGGCGCGUCGUCUUCUCCGGGGUGCUUAACCUCGUAUCCAACGUUCUCUUCUCCGAGGACGUGGCCGACAUGAGCUCGGAAGGGGCACAGGAGCUUGAGAUGCUGAUCAGGGGCAUGGUGGAGGAGUUCACAAGGCCCAACCUCUCAGACCUCUUCCCCGUGCUCUCCGCGCUCGACUUGCAGGGCUGCCGUCGGCGCAGCGCCCAGCACCUUAGGAGGUUCAGUGACUUUUUCGAUCGGAUCGUUGGCCGCCGCAUGAAAGGUGCCGCCGCAGGUGAAAGGAACGAUGAUUUCUUGGACGUGCUACUCCAGCUUCACUCGGAGAAUCAGCUCAGUCUCGAGUCUCUCAAUUGUUUUCUUCAGGACCUCUUCAUUUCAGGGGCAGAGACGAACUCAAUCACGGUGGAGUGGACAAUGGCCGAGCUACUACGGCAACCUGCCGUGAUGACAAAGGUCCGCGACGAGUUGCGGGAAGCUCUCGGCUCAAAGAAGCACCCGGACGAGUCUGACAUCGGCAAGAUGCCGUACCUCCGGGCCGUGGUGAUGGAGACGAUGCGGUUGCACCCGGCGAGCCCGCUGAUGAUGCCGCACGAGGCCAUGGCCAACGGUGCCGAGGUCGGCGGCUUCGCGGUGUCCAAGGGAACCAAAGUGAUCGUCAACCUGUGGGCCAUUAUGCGCGACCCGGCAUCAUGGACGCAGCCUGAAGAGUUCGUGCCAGAGAGGUUCCUAGGGGCAGACUUGGAUUUCAGGAGCAAGGACCAGGCGGAGUUCAUGCCGUUCGGAGCGGGGAGGAGGGCAUGCCCCGGGACGCCGAUGGCGACAAGGGUGGUAACGCUGAUCCUCGCGUCUUUGCUGCACGCAUUCGAAUGGAGGUUGCCCGAAGGGAUGCAGCCGUGCGACGUGGAUGUUAGGGAUAGGUUUGCCACGUCUCUCAAAAUGCUCACGCCCCUCAAGGCUGUGCCCGUUCCGUUGUUCCAGUGA